UCCUCCUGCAGACAAAGACGUAGCUUCAACUUUUUACUGAAUAAAAUUAAAAAGUAAUUAUAUGAAGUUGGAUUCCCAGAUCCCAGGAGGCAGGAAUGUUGUUGGUCAACAAAUCAUUGUGUGUAGCUGGAUGCUGGUGAUGGCACCCUUUGUGCUGGGGUGUCCAUACCAGAUUCAACUCAACCAGUCGGGUCGGGGCAUUCAUGAGCUGAAAGUUCAUACGUUGUUAAGACUAAUCUGGGAAACAGUAUAGCCUUUUUCCCAGGAACGCUACUCAGCCUAAAACCGCUCUGUACAGUUUGAGUCAGCCCAUCUGAGUGAAGUUUUGUUCCCAUGUCAGCUCCUAUGAGGGUGAGGGUGCCCCUCCCCACACACACCCUCAUAGGUGUGGGGGGUGGGGGUGAUUUUUACUUGUGACAAAAUUGCAUUGUACGUUUUACUUUUAAGCUGAGAACUGUCAAGCUGGAAAAUCCUGUCGUUGUUACCAACAAAACAACGGUUCCUUCAGAAUAAAAGCUGAACUCGCUGACCCAAAGGGGGGUCCCUUUGACGCUGUGAAACACCUGCCGCUUUUACCUGGAGACUAUCCAUAGACUGGUUUGUCGUGCUGAGGACGCUGCUUCAUUCGGCUCCAGUACCAGAGGAGGGUCCGUGGACCUUAAUUAAAUUGUAAUACCCUUCAUUUCCAUUACACGUUUUUAGCAUUAGAAAUUAAUCUGUAUGCCAGUUGUUCUUAACCUUUCAUAAUCAUUAUGGACAGGAUUUCUAGGCACAGCCGUGGUCUGGAGGGUGUCGAGUUCGGGGCCAGGAGAAUCUUGUCUCUGCUUUUUGCGGAUCAUGUGGUCCUCCUAGCUUCAUCGAGCUCGGACCUUCAGCUCUUGCUGGGGAGGUUUGCAGCAGAGUGUGAAACGGCUGGGAUGAGGAUCAGCAUUCCAAAUCUGAGACCAUGUUUCCUGACCAGAAAAAAGUGUUUUGCCAACUCCGGGUCAGGAGAGAGGUCCUUCCCCAAGUGGAGGAGUUUAAGUAUCUUGAGGUCUUGUUCAUGAGUCAGGGAAGGAAGGAGCGGGAGAUCGACAGGCAGAUUGGGGCAGCAUCUCCAGUGAUGCAGACGUUGAACCGAUCUGUCGUGGUGAAGAGGGAGCUGAGCCAGAAAGCAAAGCUCUCAAUGUACCGGUCGAUCUAUGUCCCAAUCCUCAACUAUGGUCCGGAGCUUUGGUCAAUGACCGAAAGAACGAGAUUGCAGAAACAAGCGGCAGAAAUGAGGCUCUGCCUUAGGGAUAGGGUAAGAAGCUCCGACAUCUGGGAGGGACUGUGUGUGGCGCUGCUGACCCUCCGCAUCAAAAGGAGCCAGCUGAAGUGGUUCCGGCAUCUGGUCAGGAUGCCUCCUUCGGGAGGUGUUUUGGGCAUGUCCUGCCAGCAGGAGGCCCUUGGGUCGACCCAGGACAACCUGGUGGUAAUACAUCUCUAGAUUGGCCAGGGAACGCCUGGGUGUUCAAGCUGAGGAGCUGGAAGACUUGGCUGGGGAGAGGAUUGUCUAGGAGGCCCUACUUGGGAUGCUGCCCCGUGAGCCCUACCUGGAUAAGUGGAGGAAGGUGAGGUGAGAUGAGGUUACUCAUUCUGUCUAUUUUCGAUUGAAAAGAAAAAAAAUCAAAAAAGGAAAAAUGGAUUUCUUUUUUGUUAUUUUGUUUUUUAAACGGAUUCAAAAAUAACAAAAAAGUUGUGUUUUUCUUGUUUUUUGUUCUCGUCUCAGAUAAAAUAUAUGAAAUGGAAAAACUUAUUUAUUUUAAUAUUUAAUUUGUCAGGUUUGCAUCAACAAACCUGUCUGCCUACAGAGCGCUUCUCUGCAUUCCUCCUGAAAACAAAAUUUUUUAUUAAAUCAUGGAUUUGGUUAAUUGGUCACUCAAUGCGAUUAACAAGAUUUUUUUCAACAAUGAGAACGGAGCAGGGGGCUCCUACUUGUCCACAUGGUACGCACCCAGUGGGGUGUAUAUUGGAUUCCUGGAAGGAGUGGAAUAUUAUAUGCCUUUCUCAGCUGUCCGUGGAAGACAUCGAAGAUGUGUGCAUUUUCAGGAAGAUAAUUACUUGAUUUCUUCUGCUGGAGUGGGAGAAUUUCUGGUAUUUUGAAAAUUGGGAAGAUGGGGCGAUUGGUGUGCAAAUCAGACCCAUUUAAAGUCUCAGCAGUGUGGAAACAGCUCAGACUGAGAUGUUACUCAAGAUGAAUCGCAAGCUAGAGGUUCUAGCUGCAAUCCCGGUGUUAGUGAACAAGAUGGAUGUGAUCUUGGAGAAAGUCACUGCAUGGUAUGGGCAAGAUUAAACCCAAAAAUUAGAUUUACUGAGAAACUGGAUUACCAUAAAUCCUCUAAUACAGGCCCGGGCCUGUAUUUUACUCAAGCUAAUCAAGCUCCAGGCCUUUAUUGGUAAGAGGGCCAGAAUUAGAGGCAGGCCUCAACUUCUAUUUGAGCAAAAUGAACUACCAGUAGAAUGAAUAAUAACGAGGUGUGUCUAUUUGAACCUAUAAAAUACUAGGUUCAUUUACUGAAAAUGUACAGUUACAAUUACGUGGUACGGUUUGCAUAUAAAACAUUAACAACAAGGCUAAAUUACAGUAGGGAAAUACUGUAUUGUAACAAACAAUAGCAAACAUACCUGUACUGCAUUUUAAACAUUAUUAAAUACCGGUAUUAGAAAAGGCAACAGCCACCUUACCGCUUCAAAGUUCAAUCGCUUCUUCUCGUUUGGGUUGUAGUAAACUUAAAUUUUUUUAAAGUGGACUGUCAAGUAAUGAAAAUCGAGUCGACUUUGACUAGUCAUUGAUGACGUCAUACACCUGAAGCUGCGCGGGAGGGGGUGGGGUAGGGGUCGGUUGGUUCACUGGAGUUUUUGACAAUUAAAAUUGCGCCCACAUUUUCAAAGUUAAACACAUUUCUUUUAACAACGGUAGUUUCUGCUUCAGCCCUCUCCCCCCUCCCCCUGCGCAGCGGCCGCAAACUCACUGAUGCGCCUGCAGCCUCUCAGAGUUCCUGCUGCUCUAAACAUUAAAAUAAUUAUUUCAUUUUCUGUUCCUCACUUCUGAUUACCUUCAAUGGUGUCUGUUUGUUGCAACCAGCAGGUACAAAAACUAACUUGUUUUUAUUUGACUAUUUUUCUGUCCUGUCUGUUUAUUAUCUUCCUGCAUCUCCUCUCAAUCCUAAAGAGAAACUGCUACCUGGGUUCAUAUAUAUUCACCUCAUGAGUUACCUUUGAACUGCAGUUCUAAAAGAUCUACCGACCGCAAAAACAGCAGAGUGCUCACCGGCCGCAUCAGUGAUCGGUGCGUCACCGAGGACAAAACAGGUGAUGCGCCCCGCUCCACAGCAGCGAAACGCAUCAGGCACAAAUAAAAUAAUAAAAGACAGAAAACAUAAAAGGAAAUGAGCCGACAUGAACGAUCGCGUGUUAAAUUAGUUUUUGAGGUGGCGACACCUGAUUUGAUAAUGUUACUGUGGCCGUUCUCAGGACGCAGAUGUCUGGAGCGCGUCAACAAUCAGAGCUUUGCAUGCACAAGCUGGUUAAGGUUAGGAUGGGGGUGAGGGAAAGUUAAAUUGCAAGAGGGUAAAGGUCACAAUUUGGUUAAAUGUCCGUUUUACGGCGGGUGUCAGUACCGACGCUCUGGCACAGCGCAUUGCCUCCCGACGCGCAGCAGCUCGUCACCUGCUGACAGCAGCCUGCUGUCUUUUCCGAGGACUGCACCUUGCCGGUCAUUAUCACGUGACAGCGACUAGUCGAUGACAGGCAUAAAAAGUCACUAUAGAGCGGUGAAGUCGACUAGUGACUAGUUCAUACAACCCCUACUGCUCCCCAGAGUGUUCUGCAGCAUAAUCAGCACGUUCUCUUUGAACUUGAUAUCAAAUUUUCACCUCCUCUUCGUCUCCGCACGGUUAAAGUUACCCUCGGGGUCAAUCACUGGCAAAUCAAAAGUGAGACGGAUGACACAACCGCCCCCCGUGGUACUUGCUUGUUACCACAUUCCACCUGGCCACAAUAAAAAAAAAGAAAAACGGCCAUUAUUCAUCUCCGCCGACUUCGACCAAAAUGUGAUACCCGACCGUUAAUUGAGUACAGGCCAAUAUUAGAGAAUUUACGGUAGUUAAAUAGUGAAAGGCAGAGAGAAAAUUAUCUCUGCCUGACCCAAAUAAUUCUUAUCUGAAUCUGGUGCCCUGGUAGCCUUGAGCUGCGAGAAGAACCAAUCAGACCAAAUCAUAUGCUGGUACGUCGCAAAUGUAGCGUCACUACAUAAUCUCCUCUCCCCCCAUGUAGCUGCUACUUACCACAUUACCAGCUUUAUGUUGUUUUUCUUCCUGAAGGAAGGAUUUGAAGUUCGCUGAACUUACAGUAAUUUUUCUUAUGUUUUUCUCCAUGUCUGGUUUGAUGAUGUCGCUUUGGCAAUGCACAUUUGUAGUCCUGGACUUAUUUUCACACAAAACCUAAAAUAACGCUUACCCCCGUUAAAAAAUAUGCACUUUCAACACAUUAAAAUGCGUCUUUAAAAUUCAUAGACAUUAAUAUGUGAAAUCCAUGGCCCUGUAGCGGAAAUUCACAUUUCACACUCUUAAAUUAAUUUUGUUUGGAUUUACGAGAAGGACAACAAACUGUUAUUUCACACAAAGCUUUAAUUUAUCUUAUUUCAAACAAAGCUUUAAUUUCUCUUACACUGCAACAGAAGUGACAUCUGGGCUUGACUUAUAGUUACUCCUACACUCAAUCCUCAAGUCAUAAAUUUUACCAUGACUUGUGCUUCUGUCCCGUAUCAAUCGGAGGACCUGCACGGUUUCAGAAACGGACAUGUUCUAUAUCAAACUGUCAUGGCCUGACCUCCACCUAAGGCUGGGGUACUCGUAAAACUUCUCAGGGGUUGUUCUGGAAGCUUCCAGAAUUUAGUCUUUAUGAAACCUGGUAUUUUUGUUUAUCAGCAAGCAAAAGGUGUUUGUUUGGUUACCAUUAAAGUCAAUGUGUUCAAAGUAAAUAUUUGAACUGUCAUCAGUUGUAGGAAUAAAUGUUUGUUUUGUGUUUUCUUUUAUGUUAAAAGUCUGCCAUUUUUGUUUCACCAGUUAAAGUUCAUGUUAAUGGUCAAGUUUUAAGGAAUGAAUUUAGUUAUUCCCUGUUUAAAGUAAUACUUUUUGAUGCCUUAUAUGGAUAAUUUUGGUAAAUUGUGAUGUGGACUUUUAUGGUUGGAAAGGUUGAGUUUAUUUGGAAGAGCCACAGUGCCGUCCAGUAGUUAAUAGGGGAAAUGCAUGUGGGUGUGUCUAAGGAAAAGAUAUUAAAAAAAUACCUUGUUUUCAAGCCUCGCGGCAGAGCAAAAGCACAAAGAACCAGGCCUUAAGCAAAUUCUGCUAGGCUCCACACCUCGCCUAGCAACGCCGUUGUUCCAAAGUUUCUCAAGUCAUUAGCGCUCCCAAAAGCUACAGUAUAACUCAGCAGCAACUCAUUAAAUUAAACCAAUUUAUUUCUGUUUUUUUUAUCGUUUACAUCAAACUGAAAGUUGGUUUGGUUUGGUAAAGUUUUCACAAUAAGAGUUAAACUAAUUUGGAGUAGUUUUUCUUAUUUGGCUUCGUUUUUUAAAUUUUGAACCCGCGCUCUGAAUUCAACGUUUUCAGCGCAGCUGAAGUGAAGGAAACACAAAGUCAAGCCACUGCAGAGGAACGAGUCUUCUCCUCCACCACACAGAUGACCGUCGACCAACUCAGGGGCCAAAUUCCUUCGGCCCCGAGCGCCUCUUCGCAAGAGAGGAGACCCAGUGUCGGUACAGGAACUGCUCGGGUGCCAGAUUGGCUCAGGGUCCUUCGACUGUCGAUGACGUCAAAGUACGGCAAAUCCACUCGGACAAAAUACACUACACAUCUUUAUACUGUUCUUUCACUCAGGUUUUGGAAAGAAUUUAGCAGUUGUGUUAUUAAAAUAAUGUUUCGUGGUAUUUGUAAAAUAAAACACCAUAUUGUAUUCAUUUAGUAAAGAAUGUGUAACUACAUAAACUGAAGAUCAGCCUGUGCCAAAAUAUUUUCUAAAAUUUAAAUAAUUAGCACCUCUCUCGGUUUGUAUGAAUGUUGAACUCCUCUUCAUAUUUUGUUAAUUAUGUUUAAUAUUUCAAUCCAUUUAAUCAAAAUUUGAGUUCAUCAAGGUCUCCAUUCAUCAACUAAUAUUUUUGCUUUAAUUUCACAUUUUCUUUGGCAAUAUGAAUGUAUUUCCCCAAAAAUAUUUUCCCAUUUCAAUAAAUGCAUUUCAGUAUAAUCACAAUUUAUUUAUGUUGUUCUGCCUGGGAGUAUUUAUUGGACCAAAAAUCAGUUAUAUGUAUAUCUAAAACUAGAUCUUUUUAUUGAAUACUGAAAGGCAAUGACCAACCAACAUUGAACAUUCAACAUUAUACUCAAAGAAUUCCAUUACUAUUUAAAUACACCACCUAAGGUUGCAAAUUUCCAAAUGUAUUUGAAUACAAUUAAAAACAUUUUAAAAAAUCAAUGACUGAAAAAAAUAGUGUAAAAUUUUUCAUAGUUCAAAUUUUAUUUAUAUCAAAAGCACGAACACUGGAGCAAUACAGUAAGCACAAGCAUGUAACAAAUAAGAACAACAGUCCAAAACAGAGGAUCCCGGGGUCUGACUGCUCCUCUCAGCAAGCAAGUCGGAGAUGAGAUGCAGGAAGGGGAGCUACAACAAAAACAGAAUUUAUAUAAUUUUAUUAUAUUUACAACUGAGAUUACAAUUACGAUUUAAUUCACAAAUAUUUUCUCAAGGGGCUUUUCUCAUAUUUUUCAACUAACAGAUGCAAAAAAAAAUUCUAUGCAACUUGUACUGAAUAUAAACAAGUUUAUGUAUCUACAUAUCUACAAGUUUAUUUGUCUACAGACACAUUGUUGUAUUUGAAGGUGCAAUGCUUUGCAGCCAGGAGCACAUCCCUUGAAGGAUCAUAGGUAUUAGCAACACCAGUGAAAUUUAUUUGCAGGAAAGAAGUGUGUCCAGUUUAUUGAAGUAUUUUGUGUUUAGUUUUUGACGUCUUGUCCAUGCGUAGUUCAGCUACACUUAUAGCUGCUAGCCAAAACUCUGGAGUUAAAUGUUUUCUGGCUUCACUAAAAUACCUGUCUGUACUUAUUUGAUUGAUGGUAGUUUUACUUUCUAUUAGACUCCAAAUGUAAUCAUUUGGCACGUUUCUAAUUGAUAAUUUGUAAGAAUGUAAUCGGUGAUAUUAGCAUUAGCAUUCCUAUGGGUUUUUCCAUGUAUAUUAGCAUUGCACUAACCACUUGCUGCCAGUCAAACUGCAGCCUUUAUGAUUAGAUAAUUGUAAUGAUAACAGCAAAUCAUUAUUUGUUUCGUAUCAUGGCUUAUGUAGUUCAUACUGCUAGAUGGUAGGGGGAGCCAGAGGGACGCAGAUGACCCGCGGUCUGGGACAGUAGAAGGAAGCUUGUUUGUUGCAUGUGAGCCUGAGUUCGAUAAAGUACCUUCUCUUCAAGUAAUGGUGUCGUUAUUGAGAACCCACAACAAUACAAGAAACAAGACAUGGUGUCAGAAGUUGGUCUUGAAGAAAGGUGACGGGCAACUAUAUAGCUGUACCGACAGAUCAGUGUGGCAGUAAACGUAGUGUAGCUAACACGCCGAGGGGGGAGAGAAAAAAAAAGAGACCUAGCAACGUGAGCAUGGAAGGCUUACACCCACCACCAAUUCUUCAGUUGACUGGAAAUGUGGCUGAAAAUUGGAGAAGAUUUAAGCAACGUUUCACGUUGUACCUGUCAGCAAUUGGACUCGACGAGGCAAGUGAUAAAAAGCAAGCAUCAGUGUUUUUGCAUGUAGUGGGUGAUGAGGCGCUGGAAGUCUAUAAUAACUUCACGUUUCCUGAUGGUGAUGGAAUGAAGCUGAAUGAAAUAAUGGAGAAGUUUGAGGCUUACUGCAUACCUAAGAGAAAUGUGACGUUUGAGAAGUACAGAUUCUUCACAUGUGUACAGAAGACGGGGAGACAAUAGAUCAGUAUGUCACAGAGCUGCAGAACAGGAGUAAAACGUGAGUUUGGAGGACUGACACACUCUUUGAUAAAAGACAGACUUGUGUGUGGGAUUCCAGACAACGGGUUGAGAGAGAGGCUACUGAGAGAGGAAAAUCUUGACCUGGAAAAAGCAUUAACACUGUGCAGAGCAGCUGAAACAGUGAGGGCACAAGCUAAAGAACUGCUGAGUGACAGCUGCAGAGUGGAUGCUGUAAAAAAGAACACACACAGGGUCAAAAAAGAGAGUGCUGCUGCUGAAGUGAAACUGCAAUUGAAAUCGCCAGCGAACAGGGACAGAAAGGAAAAGACUUGUGGUCGCUGCGGGAUGCAACAUCCUCCUAAAAAAUGUCCGGCAUAUGGGAAAAGAUGCAAUACUUGUAACAAAAAUAACCAUUAUGCUAGGUGCUGCAAAGUUCAAAUCCCGAAACAAAGUUCGGUCCAUACGGUGGAUGAAGACGACACAGAGGAGCUCUAUGUAGCUGCAGUGACAGACAAUAAAACAGGAGGAAAGGACUGGAUAAUGACUCUCAAAGUAAAUGACACACUCAUGAAGGUCAAGCUGGAUACUGGAGCUCAAGUGAAUGUCAUAUCUGAAGCAGAGUUCAAGAGAAUCAGACCUAGACCCAAAAUGCAUGCUACGUCGGUGAAAGUGAGUGGAUAUUCAGGUUCAGAAAUACCUGUAAAAGGUAAAUGCAUGGUUAAAGUGACACACAAGGACAAGGAGCGCACGCUAACGUUCAUCGUGGUGCCAAAGAAUGUGCAGUCCAUACUAGGGUUGCAUGCCUGUGAGAGUCUGAACCUAGUGAAAAGAGUGCUCGUCGUGGAAACUGAUGAUGACAUGGACUAUAAUGAGUUGAUGAAGGAAUAUGGUGACCUGUUUCAGGGACUUGGUUGCCUUGCUGGAGAACACACAAUCAGAGUCGAUGAAAGGGUUAAACCAGUCAUUCAUCCGUGCCGCAAAGUACCAUUUGCUCUACAAAAGCCACUAAAAGCCGAGUUGGACAGGAUGGAAAACCUGGGAGUGAUUGAAAAGGUUGAUGAACCAACGGAGUGGGUGAGUUCUCUUGUUAUUGUGGAGAAAAAGACGGGAAAGCUCAGGGUUUGCAUGGAUCCUAGAGACCUGAAUAGAGCAAUAAGGAGAGAACAUUUCAAACUGCCUACAAGAGAAGAGAUCAUGUCACAGUUUGCAAAAGCAAAGUAAGUUAGCAAGCUAGACGCUUCAUCAGGAUUUUGGCAAAUGAAGCUGGACGAAGCGAGUUCGAAACUGUGCACGUUCAACAGGCCAUUUGGCAGGUACAGAUUCCGGCGACUGCCGUUUGGCAUUGCCUCAGCACCGGAAGUGUACCACAAGACAAUACACAUGAUCUACGAACACCUGGAAGGAGUCGACACGUCAAUGGAUGACAUCAUUGUGUGGGGUAGCACAAAAGCUGAACAUGACCUGAGACUGAGAAAUGUUCUUGAAGCAACCAGAAGAGCCAAUCUGAAGCUGAAUAAGGAGAAAUGUCAGCUGGGCGCACAAACUGGCAUUCGUUGGAGAUAUUCUGAGCAGUGAAGGCAUCAGGCCAGAUCCUCAAAAGGUGGCUGCAAUUGAAAACAUGCAGAGGCCGCAAUGCAAGAAAGAUGUGCAGAGGUUUAAUGGCAUGGUGAAUUACAUGAGGAACUUCAUACCCAAUCUCUCGGAAAAGAUGGCGCCACUGAGACAGCUAACGGAAAAGAGACUCGAAUGGGAGUGGAAUCAUGAACAUGAGAAAGCAUGGCGUGACUUGAAAGAUUUGCUUACGAAGGAACCAGUUCUGAAGUUUUAUGAUCCAAUGAGGCCUUUUAACAUCUCAUCAGAUGCAUCACAGAGCGGGCUUGGAGCUGUUCUGUUGCAGAAGUAUGAUGAGUGGCAGCCUGUUGCCUAAGCAUCGCGAUCGAUGACAGAUGCAGAGACGAGAUAUGCGCAGAUUGAAAAAGAACUGCUAAGCAUAACUUACGCCUGUGAGAGAUUUCACCAGUUUGUGUCCGGGCAGGCUGUCAGUGUUGAAACUGAUCACAAGCCGCUGAGAGCAUUGUUCAAAAAACCACUAAAUGACUGUCCGCUGAGAAUCUAAAAAAUGAUGAUCCGGCUGCAACGUUACACACUGGACAUGAUGUACACGCCUGGCAAGCUGAUGUACACAGCUGACACAUUAUCCAGAGCUGUUGAUCCAAAUGUGUCAGCAAACACCACGUUGGAUGAUGAUGUGAGAGCAUAUGUGAGCAUGGUCACAGGUGCACUUCCCGUUGCAGGAGGGAAGAUGGAGCUCAUAAGAACAGAGACAAGCAAAGAUGGAACAUUACAAGCACUGUGCAAGACUAUCAUAGAUGGAUGGCCCAGCUGUAAGCAAAGCUGCUCACCUGUUCUUCAAGAGUAUUGGAACUGCAGAGCAGCAUUGUCAGUAGUGGAUGAUGUGGUGUUCAAGGGAAGUAAAAUUGUUAUCCCAAAGAGCCUGCAAGGAGAGAUGCUCAAAAAGAUACAUGCAGGGCAUCUAGGCAUGGAAAAAUGUAAAAGGAGAGCACGUGAGGUGAUGUACUGGCCACGGAUUAAUCAGGACGUGACAAAUGAAGUGUCGAGCUGUUCAACAUGUCUGACAUAUCAAGCAAGCAAUACUGCUGAGCCACUAACGCCACACCCAGUGCCAGACCGACCUUAUCAGAAGGUGGUGGCGGACCUCUUUGUGUCUGGAGGAAAGGACUAUAUUGUGGUCACAGACUACUACUCUUUGUAUCCAGAAGUAUGUUAACUGCAAACAACAACAGCAGAAGCUGUAAUCACCUCUAUGAAAGCUGUAUUUGCACGACAUGGUGUGCCAAGUGAAGUGUUCACAGACAAUGAACCACAAUUCUCCAAUAUGAGGUUUGGACAGUUUGCCAAAGAAUGGGACUUUGUUCACACGACGUCAAGCCCACGUUACCCGCAAUCUAAUGGAUCAGUUGAAAAGUCCGUCCAAACGGUGAAGAGGCUGAUGAGUAAGGCAAGAGACAGUGGUGCUGACUUCUACCAAAGUCUGCUCGUAUACCGCACAGCGCCACUUGAGUGUGGUAUGUCGCCAGCUCAGCUGCUUAUGGGACGACGCCUGAGAUCAAACUUGCCCAUUCAGGAUAAUCUGCUUAAAACACGUGAGGGAAACGGCGUGAAGAAGUUUAAGGAGCAACAAAAAGCGAAGCAGAAGUUCUAUUAUGAUAGAGGAACAAAGAAUUUGCCUGAACUGCAUGCUGGGGAUCAGGUGAGAUUCAAAGACAAAACCAGCACAUGGGAGCAGAAAGCAACAGUUCUACGGAAUGAUCAACCUCGAUCAUUCAUCAUUCAGACAGAAGAUGGAGCUGUGCUGAGAAGAAAUUGCAGAGAUCUUCUUAAGGGACCAGUGGUAGAGGAGCAGAGGUUGGAGGCUGCUGAUCAAACACAACACACACAUGAGACACAGUCACCUGUAACAUCUGCACAUACACAUGUACACACACCGAGAAGAUCUGUAAGACAAGUGAAGCCACCCAUGAGACUGACUGAACAGAUGUAAUGUGUUGACAUGUUGUUUGGAAGAUGAUGUUACGUUACCUCUGUAAGUUCACCAUGUUUGGUUUUUGGGGUUGAAUGGGUUAUAAUUGUUGAAAGCUAGUUAAGUUGUUAACAUUACUUUACCAAAGCUUGGCUUAACCAAUAACAUAUAAUUAGAGGCUGUUUAUGUUUAUGUAAGUCAGUAUGUUAUCUUAUAAAAAAAGGAAGAUGUAAUGAUAACAGCAAAUCAUUAUUUGUUUAGUAUCAUGGCUUAUGUAGUUCAUACUGCUAGAUGGUAGGGGGAGCCAGAGGGACGCGGAGGACCCGCGGUCUGGGACAGUAGAAAGAAGCUUGUUUGUUGCAUGUGAGCCUGAGUUCGAUAAAGUACCUUCUCUUCAAGUAAUGGUGUCGUUCUUGAGAACCCACAACAAUACAAGAAACAAGACAAUAAUCUCUUUUUGUCACAUCGCAGUUUAACUGCACAUGCAAUUAAUCGUUCAGCCCUAAUAGACAUGCAGCUCUAUGUUAAAAGUGUAUUUUCAAAGAGUCGCUAAAAAUCAACAUUAGGUCACAAUACUACUUACUAUUAAUUGUGUAACGUUUCGAUGCCUUUCGAAUGGUGGUCUUUCUGCUCUCAGGAUGUUGAGGCGAUGAAGAGGCUGUGAUAAGUCCCUUUUAAAAGGUAAUGAUGGAUUUCUUUGUAAAAGUUGUCCAUCUUUCCAACAGAAAAAUUUGUCUGGACCAAAGUAACAUGAUAACGUAACUUCCGUAAGCUUCAUUUUCAGCCAAUCAACUACUUCGACGUCAUCGGCAGUCAAAGGAACCCGAGCCGAUCUGGCACCCGAGCAGAUCCUGUACCGACACUGGCUGUCUCAGCCCUUGACUACCCUCUGGUGACGAGGAAAAAGGUCUGUUGAAUCAUUUCAUUUGGCUGACUUUUCUUGCUAAAGUCCGCUUAGUGAAUUCAGACUAUCACAUUUAUGGCGUGUUUUAUCUCGAUCCCAAUCCAUGGUAACUUUUAGGGCUUCUUCUCAUUUCUCUGCUGCAAGGAAUUUUCAUUUGCAUGCAAACACACACGCAUGAACACGCCCCCUUCUGCAUUACCAUAUCCACUCAAACACACACGUAGCCACUUCACAUAAGCUCACAUGACUAUUCACUUUGUUCCCCAUUAGAACUUAUCCUCAAUUCUACUAUAAUCUUGUAUGUCACCAAAUUUCCACUUUUAAUACGGGUCAGUUCAGUUGAUAUAAUCAAAGCUUUGGGUAUAUCCAUUUUCCUAAUUCCAAUGCGUGAAACUAUAAAUAUAUGUUUGGAUUACUUGUAAUUUGUAUUAACUGAUGUUUGUAAUAAACUCACAAAACGAAAAUAAAAGCCUUAUCAUUUCUAGCAAUCUUGAGAAUAGUCGGCGCAUUCUGGCGUGAAUUCAUCCUUUAGAUUAAUUUGUGAUGUUAAAUUUAGACUGAUUACAUUGGAACAGAUCUGAAUAUCAAAUUCAAUUGUCCAGUUUUAAUGAAACUGGUGGUGCCCCGAUUAAACCAAUAUGAGGUGACAAACAAAUAAAUAAGCUGAAUCCACACUCGUUGGGAUAUAUGUUCACCACAUUUGAUGUAUAGAUAUAAAUCUAUUAAUCGCUACAGCGCAUAACAAGCAGAAUUAGAAAAAAAUGUUUUUAGCCUCAUUGAUUUGCGCUAAUUUUUUCGUUAUUUCGGGGACCCGUAGUGCGGAAAAAGAUGGGCGUUAGGCUCUGAAAUAUUUUAUUCCAACCCUCCCUCUAUCUGCAGACUCAAUAAUUGGUAAAAAUAAAUAAUAAUUAUAAUUGAUUAACAAAUAGAUUUUUAGGCAUUGUAUUCCUGCUAGUAAAAAUAGCUGUUGAUUUAUUAAUUUUUAAUGAAGACUAGUGAAAGUACGAUCUGGACUAGGAUCAAUUAAAAUAGGAAAUACAAGAAGGUGUGGUUGUUAAUUAAAUGCUAAUAUGGCUUGCCACAAGUCAGGUCUGCUUCCACAGCCAAACACAGUCCAUGCUUCGACUCCUCUUGUGCAAAUAGAUGCCAUGAAUGACGAGGUGCUCCAUUAAUACAGGUGUUUCCAUAAUGACACAAAUCUGAACACAAGUGUUACUAUUAGCUCUGGUGCUGUUUACUUUCACAAGAUGCAGCCAAAACUUAUUUUCUUUUUUUCCGGUAUUUUAUUAGUUCGCAAACUCUGAGGUGUUUCGUAAACAAAGUUUGUAAGAGAGAGAGCAGUCUAUGUCUGAUGUGAACUGCAACAGCAGGAAGAGCGGGGUUUUCGGCUCAACAGACUGUUUACUGGAAAACUACCAAAAAUUUGUACCGAAAAAGAUCAUUCUUUUUGUUUUAUCAGUAGCUACUCUGCUCUACGCCAGUCUUGAUUUCAUAACUUAGCAUCACAGAAAGACCCGCUGGAUCCCUGACCCAAAGCAGGGCUCUCACACGCGCCACUAGCAUAAAAGUUUCAUGCCAACGUAGGUCUUGCUUCAUUGCAAAGCCAGAGGACACUGCCAGUCCAGCGGCUGGUCUCUAAAUUAGGAGGGGUCUGCUACUCACACACCGGUGUUACAGAAAGAAGCUGACCCUCUCGGGGCAGCCGCAAUCGUGUUUAUCAAAGGCAAAAUGGUCGCUCUCUUUUUUUGUUAACAAAAAUAAAGAUUUUUUUUUAUAUCAAACUAUCUUGGCUGAUCUUAAAUACAAAAAAACUGCAGUCUGUUUUUCAAGCAUUUCCAAGGACUUAAUACAGAAAUCAAGUACUUUCCAUACCUUGAAAACACGUUAAUAAAAUUCAAGCAUUUUCAAGGAUUUCAAGCACCCGUAUGGAACCUGAGCUAAACAUGACGGUGGUCAACAGGGAGGUGCUGGCUUCUUGCCCUCUAGCCAGAGGCUGGGGGCCAGGGGUGAUGGGGCUGAUGUCACGUGCCAUGGGGUCUAUAUGGAGAAGCUCGCCUCACUAGGGAUAAAUGGACAAUAAGAAACAAAAGUUGCCCACUGAUCCACAGCAAGUUUCCAUAAUUUUAUUUCUACAUCAUUGAAAUGUUUUUAACUGAUACUUUAAAAACUACAAACUGAGUACCAAGUACUUUUAUUUAUUAAUAAUGAAAAAGAACAACUGAACAAGUAUUAGAGUAAAGGAACAAAAAGUUAGUAAACACAAAGAAGUUCAGAUACAAUCAGAGCUCCAACAUGUGAAUUUUGGUUUUAUGUUUGUCAUCAACAGAUGUUAAAUUUGAGCCAUGAAUGUUUUUAUGCAGAGUUGUAAAUAAAAACUUUCACAGAAAAAUUUCUGGUUGAUGUUAAUUGCUGUGGAAAAAGAAAAAUGCCAAAUUGAUCUUUUGUAUAUUCUGUGUUUCAGGCAUGUAGCGAUAAAUAUAGAUUUAUAUCUAUAUUUCAAAUGUGGCAUAGAUUUAGCCUGUUUAUAAUAUUAUAUUAAUUAAUCGGGGCACCACCAGUUUCCGGAACUGGAUUUAAUAUCUAUAUCUUCGCAAUGUAAUCAGUCUCAGUGUCGUGAGGCGGUGGUGAGGACCCAAGAUGCAGGACCCAGGAUGACACGAGGCACGGAUGAUGAUUAAGUAAAAGUUCUUUAUUUUUAGGUGAGCCAAAAACCAAGUAUAUCCAAGCUGGAAGCCAAAAAUCCAAAAACCAGAUAAAUAUCUGGGGAUCAAAAACUCUGGAAUAAACACAGAGGGACGAAACUGACAGAACUACAAACAACAUUAAUGGACCGACACAAGACAAAGACCAGGCAGGGCUUAAAUAGACUGGGAGGGGCAAUCAGGAAAACAGGCAGAAGGUGUGCGGAGUGAGCUGCUGGAGGGAAGGCAGGUGAUGAUAAUAAUCUAAAUGGGGAAACAGAACAGAGAAUGGCAGAUAACCCUAAAAUACAAUAUUUAAACCUAAAGACUGAGGGAAAGGCUCACACAACUAUCUGGAGGAGGACAUAAUACACACAUAUACACUCAGACACACAUACACAAACCCAAAAACUCUGACACCUAUAAACAGAACUGGGAAAUGACCAAGCACACACACACACACACAGAGCAGGGGACUGAGAGGCUGGGGGCUACAAGGACACAAAAUGAAGACCUGGAAGGGCUGGGGAGGAAUGAGAUGACACGGGACCUGGGAGGAAUAAUUGUACCGGUACCACAUAAGACACAAGGACUGAGACGAAGACAAGGACACAUGAGGGCGCUAUGAGACACAAAAGGGAAUCUAGAGAGGGAUGGAGGACACCAAAGCCCUUUUCAGACAGACAUUCUGGAACAUUUGCGAACAAUUCAAUCCGGUUUUUAACCGCAACUGUGUUUUCAGACACACCACUUUUGUACCGGAACUUGUCCUUUCGGCUGCGUUCACACAGCAGGGAAAAGUUCCAGAUGUCUGACGGCGGGGGGUGGGGAGAAUCGGACUUAUGUUAAGAAGAAGAAGAAGAAAAUAUCAUUUCUAUAGCGCCUCUCAAGAUAAAAAUCACGAGGCGCUUAAGCAUAAUUCUGCGCACACGAAGACGCAUAAGAGGCCUGGAUGAUGAAGUUCAAUGGUUAAAGGAAUCACUGAAGCGGUGUGAAGCGCUCCGUCACGAGUCUAUACGGUACCGUAGGAGGCGAGCUGCCAUGGUUCGCCGCAUUCUACAGCAGCAGGCUAUCUAGGUGCGCACAGCGUCCCCCGGUCCCCUCCUCCUCCCCCUCCCCCUUGUACGGAACUCUACCUCACCAGUCUGAAGCAGCCACCCUGUCCGUAACAAGUCCGGACCUGUUACUAGGGGCUUCAUCCGGAUAAAUUCCGGAACACGUUAUCCGGAUGUUUGUAUUCAGACAGAAAGGUCUUACGGACAGAGUCCGGAACAUUUCCGUUUUUCAUGGCCUGUCUGAAGGGGGCUCAAGAGGCACAAAAAGGAGGGGGCCGACGCAGACCACGACACUCAGAGUUAACACCACAAAUUAAUCUAAAGGAUGAAUUCUUGACAGAAUGCACCGAUUAUUCCCGAGAAUUGCUUGACAAUGAUCAGGCAUUAUUUACGUUUUGUGAGUUUAUUACAAACAUCAGUUGUGAAAAUUGACAAAAAGAACCAAACACAACUUAUUGUUUCAUGCAAGAGAAUAAGUAAGUGAAUAUACCCAAAGCUUUAUGGCAGUGCUACGACUUAACUAGUCUGUAAUAAAAGUGGAAAUUUGGUGACACAUAGGAUUAUAAUAAAUAUUAGGAAUAAUUUCUAAAAGGAGGGUGUGCGUGUGUAUUGUUAUGGCAGAAGAAGGAAGAGUAUCUUGAGAGCUAAACGUCAAUGUGGGAUCGAAAUAAAACACGCCACUAAAGAAAUGUAAUAAUCUGAAUUCACGAAUCGGCUUGUGGCAGAAAACCAGCCGGAUAGAAAUGCUCACAGACGUGCUUUCCGUCGCCGGAAAGGUGGCCAGCGGUUCCAAAAGCCUUGGGUUCCUGGCUCGUGGCCUUUUUGGAUUAAAUGGUGCUGGCUCCCUGGUCAAUCAACGUCGGUCGUGGAAAGGGGAGGAUAUGGUAAUCCUUGAUCGUGGCUAGACUUUUCGGUUCCUCCAGCUACACCAAACGUGGAAUUCAGAUCGCGCGUCCGAUGUAACGUGAUGAAGGAGCCAUUUCUACCCUAACAGCUGUUUCUUUUUGACACAGUGCCAGAGUGCAUGAAACAGCCAAGGUCAUGCAUUCACUUCUAAACUGUUACAUUCCAGAAGUGAAGACAGAAGAAUGAAGAAUGAACUCUUUUCUUUUAAUUAAAGAACUCUAUUUUUAAUAAAGCUAAUCAAAACAACUGUGACAGAUCUGUGAAAUCACAAUGUUAUAUGUUUUAAUAAGUAAAUGACUUAUUCUAGCCACUAGUCACCUGAUACACAAAAGAUAAAUAAUCAUGACACAUUCCGGUCGCAAAUCCAAUCAGAACCUUCACUCUGAAGCGUGGCAGAGUCUCUGUGGUGUUUAUUUAAUCUGUCAGCUGUGAUUCGUCCAGAAUCGUAAACACCAAGAUAAAUAAAACAGUCCAACGCCAUUUUGAGUUCAGUAUUCAGCCAGAUCUCCAGAUCCCCUGAAGUUCAUCAUUGCUACGUGGAGUACGGACCGCCCAUCUGUACUUUUUACUUUUAAGCUGAGAACUGCCAAGCUGGGAAAAUCCUGUCGUUGUUAUCAACAAAACAAUGGUUCCUUCAGAAAAAAAAGCUGAACUCGCUGACCCAAAGGGGGGGUCCCUUUGACGCUGUGAAACACCUGCCACUUUUUACCUGGAGACUAUCCAAAGACUGGUUUGUCGUGCUGAGGACGCUGUUUCAUCGGCUCCAGUACCAGUGAAAGGUCGUGAACCUGGCAGCCUGAUCUAAGAUGGAGGUCUCGCUGACGGGUAAUGUAGAACGGCACAGAUGGCGUCUCAUGUGGUUUUCUAACGACGGUUCAAACGUUGAUCAGUUAGGAGCAAAACAUCAUCUCCCACUCAGACUCGCUUCUCCAGAACGGAGGUUCUGAACUGACAUCGCACCAACACACACUCCACCUAACAUUUCAUUCCAUGAGCAUCCAUCACUAGAGAGUUAGUCCUGUUAAACUGUUAAAAUCAUUUAGAUAAUACAUUUUUCUUAAACGUUUGGAGGUCUCUCUCUCUCUUCUCUUGUCUCUCAUUUCAUGCAAAGUGUAUUAAAUUUCCCUGUAAUAAAAAGAACCACUCUUCUGGUUUAAAUAGCCCAGUGUCCAGAGAUGGGGUCCAUGCUAGAUUUGGAUCAGUAAUAUCUCUGGUCAUUAAUUAAAAUGUAACUCCUUAUCCUCCAUUACACCGAAUUAUCCAAAACGAGAUCGAAUCAGAGAAACUGUAUUUGGGUUUCACUCUUAAUGUGAGAACUUAACCGAACAUGCAGACUUCGGGUUUCACGUAGGAAGUCAAAACAAAUGGAGUUGCUUCUAAGUUUUACAGUAACUUUUGAGAGCUAAUUACUUGACAACUGUAAAGUGCCGGGUUCGGCUAGGCCAGAUGGAAACAGCCAGCAGGGAUUUGUGCUUAAGGCAUCCUUUUCUCUUUUUCUCCUUCCUCCACGAAGUCUGAACUCUGGUUUUAUAAACUUCUUGGUCACACCCACAUGUAUUUCACUCAUUAACCACUUGAUGGCACUGAGGCUCUUUCAAAUAGCCCAGUCUUACAACCAUGAGAGAUUCAUGCUCACAACUGUAACAAAGUUAUUCCAAAUAAGGCCUCAAAAAGUAUUACUUUAAACAGAAAUGAACUAACUUCAGGUCUUAAGCUUGACUGCAUCACUUUUAGCAUGGUUUUGAACUGGUGAAACACAAUGGCAGAAGUUUAACAGGAAAGAAAAAACACAGCACAAGCAGUUUAGGUUUGUAACAAUCGACAAAUACAUAUAUGGACAAUGGGUUUCCAUAGGCUCCAAUAUCACGUUUUUGAAGAAAAAUGGGAGGUGGCCACCACCGCCAUUUUGACCGUGUCACAGGUUCCGUCAAGCCCAGACAAUUCCACAAAAGGGAAGAGAAGUGGAGCUGAGGGUGGGGCUGUAAGGCUGGGAUCAACUGACGACACCCGGUCGAACUAGCUACAAGCUAACCUGAAGCUAACCCAAAGCUAACGCGGAGGUGGGAGCGCAGCACACAGAAGCCGCGAUCAGACAGAGAUGCGACGAGCUGCGGGAAGGGGAGAACCGGGUGGAACACAUCGGUCUCCCGAGAGCUCCACAAGCCGAUAGUGGGAACCCAGCUCCAUCAACAUGUUAUAUUUCAUCCCAUUUUCUAAAGUGCAGCAUUAUGUUAAAUGCACUAAGUUUUACCCUAUUACAUUUAAAUUUCAUGGUUAAACAGUACAUGUUAAAAUCUAAGCUCAGCUCGGCAGUGACCUAAAAUACAUAAAUAUAAUUUUACUUACCGAAAAAAUGAAGUGGAGACUCCUUGGACGCUCUAUUAGUGCAAUUAAUGCCACAGCAAGUCAUUUUGUCCAACAAUUGCACAAAAAUAUCCAAAAAGAACGCACAAACGCUACAACUAAUGGUCUAAGUUGAGAGACUGAAAAUGGCGGAACAGUUUUCAGGCGAGGCCGAGGCUCUACUGAGGCCUUUCCCCGGAGCUAGCUCUGUGGUCACGUGGGUCUGAUGCUCAUUAAUUAUUCAGAAUUUUAGGCUUUUAAUACACUUAAACAGAAGAGUGAGAAAAACAUUCACCCCCCUCAGAGUUGUCAUGAGUGUAAACUAGAUCAUUUAAACCAAAAACAUGUUCUGGUACCAGGCUGUAAACAUGUUUAUUUCUGCUGUGAAAUUGGUAUUUUUAACAUGGGAGUCAAUGAGGAUUUGCUCGCUUCUGACACCAGCCCCUAGUGGAUGAGGGUGGAACUGCAGUUUAUUUCACUUCCGGUUUGACUCAAUUGCUGUCCCGCAUUGUGGGGGCUUGUUUGUAACUGAUAAAAGUUUAAACAUUUACUUGGAACACCUUGAAUUUUAAUGUUGAACAACCUAAAACACCUUUUGACUGUGGAUAAACAGAAAAAUACCAGAGUUUUGAUAAAGACUAAAUCCUGGAAUCUUCCAGAAUGACGCUUGAGAAGUUUUACAAGCGCCCGGCCUUGGGGAGAGUCAGUUCUUGGCAGGUUGAGGUAAGACAGACCAAGUCCUGAUAAUGUCCAGCUUCUCGAUUGCUUAAGGAGGGAAACAAACAAGUCACUUGGUAAAAUGUACGUUCCUGGGAGAAAAUGUAGGAGUUAGCCAGAUGCUUGAAAAUGGUAUCUUGGAAUGUAUACGAUUGUAGGCGGGUUUCAUGUUCCCCCUUUUUUCUGCUAAGUGUGAAAGAAACCUUUGUUCUUCUCCAUGUAAAACCAAACAAAGUUAACCUGAGGAUACAAAAUGUGGACUUCUGCUACAGGCAUACAAGUCCACAGCACAGACACUGGUCAGCUUCUAAGGGAUCCAACCGUUUCUCACUGCACACUAACCUGUUUUAUUAAAGCAUUUAGGUCUUUGAGAAAUGUAGAAUAUUUUCAUUUUAGCUUUUAAAUAAAGAUACUGAAUACUACGUAGAUCUGAGAUUACUUUCUAAUGGACGUGUUUAACUUUGGUGUUUGGAACAAAGAAUCCAAGAGUUGUUGUUUUGUUUUAAUUAAACUUUUACAUUUGAAUAACAAACAAAUAAAACACCCUGAAAAAUGAAUAAGUAAUAAAAUAGAAAUGACUACAAAUAUACACAGUGGUCACUUAUGGACAAAGGUAAUUUAGCAAUGGUAAAUAAAAUUAAAUGAGUAUCAGCAGCAGUCUUUAAUGUAGUUAGGGAUAAAUGCUGUAUGUUGUCCAUGUGGGUCUGAGUUGUCCAGUAGGGCUGAACGAUUUUAGGAAAAGACUGAAUUCAUGAUUUUCUUCAAACACUAGGCUGCCAAGCCAUCCUGUAGAUUAAGUGGAGAGAUGGUCUAGAUUCUAAUCUAGUACAACAAAUCAUUCACAUUUAUAUUUAUUAUCUAAUCAUAUAAUAAAAUCAGUUAAAGCUAUUCAUAUUUUCUCCCAUUAUUAUCUUUUUUAUUUUUGAUGUGUUUGUGAAGCAGCUUGUGCUGUUCAUCUGGAGAGAGAGAGAGCUUUAUAACAGCAUGUUCUUGUUUUACUGCAAAAGUGCAGGGAGGAAAUCUGUAGGUACAAACAGCUUUUAAACACUAUUAAAUAAAAAAUGCUCACAGUUUUCCUGCAUUACCGCGGCAGGCUGGCUGCAUGUUUUUAAAGCCGUCUGAUAGUUUCUCCUCACUAAAACUCUGCUACGAAGCCUAGCUUGUCCUGCGGAAAGCUCCGUGAGACUCGUACACUGAAAGAGACACGCUGACACCGUAGCGUGUCUAAACUAACGUGUGCCAUCAGAAACAUUCAGACCAGUUUUAAGAGAAGCUGAACUUUCAAGUGUGUGCAACAACGCACUUGCGCUGAUGAAGCAUAAACCAAUCAUCUCUCACCUACUGUGCUGUAGGACCACCACAGCCAUUAUUACCGGUUCUAGCAGCGCUGUGUGUGGAAAUAUAAAACAGGGAAAUUAACCUAAAGGUGCAGCUCUGUCAGCUGUGGAAUUGGGCUCGGCUCCGGACGGUACACCCCACCCCCCUCCCCUGUGCUGGCUGUUGCCGCCGCCGUAACACGGGGAAAACCCAGAUGUGACCAAAACAAGUUGACACAACAGAUCCUGGAUCAGCCAGAACCGCUAAAAACCCACUGCUUUGACGGUCAUGUAAUCGUGCUUUUUGAAAUUGCAGAUUCAGUCCAAAAAAGAUAGAUCGUUCAGCGCUGUUCUCCAGACACAAUGACUUGGUAGCACAACACUGUGACCAUGUCCCUCUGCAUGGACGGUCCUUCCAUUGUCAUCUGGCAACCCGGAGGACCACCUCUGCAAAACAUAUGCUUCCAUUUGAGGGAGGAUUGAGGCUGCUGCUGUUCUCGACAGGUUGUGCAAAAACUCCAGGUGCAUCUGAAGCAGGAGGAGCCCCUGGGUGAUGUGUCAUCCAGGAUGUUAAACAAGAGACUUGGGUCAUGUGUUCAGCAACUCUCCAGCAGUCUGUGAUGAUUCCAAGUUCAGGGAUCUGAUGAAAGACUGGACAGAGAAGAUGAUGGUUAAUAACUGCUACAUGCUAAUGAAGAGUGGUAAAAUCAACCUGAACAUAUUUACUUUCCCAGUGUGGAAUGUCUGAGAAACUGUACAGCUCUCAGCAAAUACACGUGAGCUAUUUUACUUAUUAUCUUUGAAGACUAAAAAUGUAAAAGAGUAUGAUGACACUCCACCCAAUACAAUUAUAUGUUGGUCUAUGGGUGCUUUGAAUGAUUAUUAUUGUGGUGAAAUCACAAUUGCUAAAGUAGAAUUUGUAUGCAACCUGCCAUCCCGAACCCUGUACACAGGAAGAACCUAAAAUAAUAUGAACUCUACUCUAAACUAACUUCUGAUGCGGAAACAUAAAGAACCCAUUUCACUACUAAACACGAGGCCUCUCACCUGAUGUGUUGGUGCUGAGAUGUUCCACGAGCUCCUCCAGUUACACCAGCUGCUCCUGCUCUGGUUCCUGUACCAGACCCUGUGAGGCCCGCAUCAUGAAAACUGAUGUGGAAAAAUAAAGAAAUUCAUUUCACUACAAAAACAAGAGGUCUCAAUAAUGUUUGACUGGCAAAGUCAUAGGAGUUGUUCUGCUGGAUAGCUAUUAGGGCUGACAAAUUUUGGAAAAUAAUCUAACAGCGAUUAUGUUUCUUCAAUAUUGCAAUUACAAUGAAAUUCACGAUUAUUUUCUCAAGGGGCUUUUCUCAUUGUUUUCAACUAACGGAAGCAUAAAAAAAUCUAUGUAACUUGUACUGAGUAUGAACAAGUUUAUGUAUCUACAUAUAUCAACAAGUUUACUUGUCUACAUAAAUACAAACACUCGAAAGUAAAGACAAAAAGUUGUAUUUGAAGGUGCGAUGCCAGGAGCACAUCCCUUGAUGGAGCAUAUUAGCAUCAACUGUGACAAUAGAUUUGCAGGACAGAAGUGUGUCCCGUUUAUUGAAGCCUUUUGCGUUUAGAGUUUUUGACGUCUUGUCCAUGCAGAGCUUCCGUAGAUCAGUUACAUCCAUAACUGCUAGCCAAUACUCAGUGGAGUUAGUCUCUUACGGUUUUCUGGCUUUACUAAAAUAUCUGUCUGUACUUAUUUGAUUGAUGACAGUUUUUACCUUCUAUUAGACUCCAAAUGUAAUCAUUUGGCACGUUACUAAUUCGUAAUUUGUAAGAAUGUAAUCGGCAAUAUUAGCAUUAGCAUCCCUGCGGGUUUUUCCAUGUUUAUUAACAUUGCGCUAACCACUCGCUGCCAGUCAAAUUGCAGCCUUUGUGAUUAGAAAAUCUUUUUUUGUCACAUUGCAAUUUAAUUGCAUGUGUAAUUAAUCGUUCAGCCCUAAUAGCUAUUAGCAGUAUUAGCUGGUUUUCACUGAUACUAGCAGGCUACCAUGUUAUUUAUUACUCUUGAAGCUGAAAAUAAUCCCUGAAUAAACUUUAAAACACUUAGUUACCAUUUUAGCAAGUUAAAUAAAAGAUUUAUGUUAGACAUUUAUUUUCCUUAUUUUUCCACUUACCGGUCAUUCAGCCAUAUUGGCUGUGUCUCAAUUCAGGGUCUGCAUCCUACGUCGGCCGGAUUCGUCGGCCGGUUACGUCACAGCGCCGCGACUCGGCCUGUCCCAAUUCGAAGACUCCUUCAAAUGCGGUCGACGAAAGCGGCCUUCUUUUCGCCUGAAUGAAGGAUGGGUCCGGUGUAUCCUUCAACGGGUAGCAUUUCCCAAGAUGCCUUGCGGGCCGGCCGGCAGAAAAACUUAAAAACAAUGGCGGACAGUGAAGCGGGAGCUGUCGGAGAGGAUUGCGCAUAUAAAUGUCAGUAUAAACUUGAAAACUGUUAGGUUAAGGGCUUUUUGUGACACAUGAACGUUAUUUUAGUUAGAAAUGUUACAGUAAAAGUGCUUGUAUUGCGGUCUCGGCUCGUAUGUUCGGCCGCUCGGUGUCGUACUUCUCCCGCUACGUUUCCCCCUGAUUUUAAUAGAAGUUUGUAUUUUAGGACCAAAAGAGAAAACCAGGGAAUUUAUUAAGCUUAGGGCGGAGAUGGACCACAUGAUCACCGGAGCAAAGUAUUCGGCGGCUGUGGCAUGGAGACUAUUCUGGAGAAAAUGGGCGUCCAGGGGAAGGUGCCAGCGAUGACCAGCUCCUGGAGCUGAUCAGGGAGGACAUGAGGCUGCAGAGGGAGGCAGAGCAGCAGAGAGCACAGGAGAGAAGAAAGAACGUUGACAGCUUUUUACUUUGCUAGAAAAAAUGGUUAAGGAAGAUUAAACAUGUACAUAUAAAAGAAAUAUCUAAAUAAAAUCAGUUCUGCAUUAAACUCUUGAAUUUUAUUUUGGUUUACAAAUGAGAAUUGUUUACUAGAGGGUAUCCGCUGGGUCUGAAAAGUCUUAAAAGGUGAUAAAUCGGUUUUGGUCGAAUGAAGACCCUUAGAAAGUAUUAAAAACUAUUAUCACAUCUUUGCUCAGGCUCAGCUUGUUGAAAGUAUUUUCUCUGAAUUAGCUCUCCAACAGUCAAGGAAAUGAUUAAAAAGCUAAAUAAAACUUCGAGCUCCAUCGUUUAAAGUUCCUUCUCCCGUCUGCUCAGCGGUUCCACGGUUGCUAGGCGACGGAACGUUCGCCGAGGGAGAGGCGGGAGUUCAUGAAGGCUAGGCCUGUCCAAAUUCACAGCCGCUAACAUCCGGUCUACCCGGCCGACGGAGGACGCAGCCCACGUCGGCGGGGUGGGCUGGGUCCUUCGAAGGAUGCAGACCCUGAAUUGAGACACAGCCACUGAUUCAUGUAGACAGGUGUUCUGCUCUUUUCUGUUUACCGAAGCAGAGCAGUUCACAUAUCUGGAGGGGCGCGGCCUAGGGAUUAUACCUGAUGGGAGGGGUGGGAGUUCGGGGACCGUGUGUGUGUGUGUGUGUGUGUGUGUAAGCUAGCUAGCUGGGCCUAACUUGUUUGGAGAUUCGUUCCAGCACAUUUAAAAGAAUAGUGUGGUCCAGAGUAUUAAAGGCAGCACUUAAAUGCAGUAGAAACAACACUGUCACUAUCCAUUCACCAUAAAUUAAUCUAAAACCAAGUAAAAUCUUCAGAAGGGCCGUCUUCGUGAUGUGGUUCACCCUAAAAACAGACUGAAAUUCACUGUAACGAGGACGGAGAGCUGCUAGACGUGUGUUCCUACCUUCUG